AAGAGGUUGUGGGGGGGGAAGAGAGAGACGCGCACACGGACAGUUGGGCAGAGGUAGACUGAUGGGGGGGAGGGAGAGUGUGACAUGGACAGACGGAGGCAGAGUACGUGUGCGCCUCCUUUCUUCCAUGGCUCGUAUGUAGGGCUGCAGAAACACCUGCCCUUUGUGGGUAAGAUUGAGGAUCCCUGCAUUAAAGGGUUAACCUUUUAAAAUGUUUAAGGGGUGUGGUGAUUAUUAUUAUUUAUUAUUGUUGUAAAACUAUGCGCUUGUCUGAGGCGUUGAGGUCUUUAUUUAUAUAUUAGAGACCUCAAAGCAACAGAUUUGGUGUUAAAAUCGAGCAUUUUACAAAACGGUUCUCGUUCCAGUGGUACCUGGUGAGUGCCGUUGUAUGUUAGUAAGUUAAGCAGUCACCUCUGAGUUGAUGUCGGAAGAAGGGGAAAAAUGGACACGCGUAAGGCGACUUUUACAAGGGCCAGAUUGUGAUGGUGAAACAAACGACUGGGUCCGAAUGUCUCUGAAACAGCAGAUCUUGUGGGGUUUGCAGGUCCUAAUCCGUUUGUCGCUGUAUCUUCUUUCUGCCAGCAAGAGAUCAUGAGCGAGACUGCCAAGGACAAGGGCGCCGUCUCUACUAAAGAGAAGGGCGGAGCCGAGAAGAGAGGCAGAGGGAGACCCCGAAAGAACCCACAGCAGCAGCAGGAGCCCAGCAGUUCCCCGACGCCGAAGAGGCCCCGAGGACGACCAAAGGGAAGCAAAAACAAGCCAAGCUCAGCACCUAAAGGCAAAAAAGCGGCUGCUGCGACGGCAUCUGCAGGAGGAAAACGCAGAGGAAGACCCAAGAAAGCAGAGAAAGAAGAGCAGCCAUCGAAGUCUUCUGAGGAGGAGGAAGAGGAGGAGGAGGAGGAGGAAGAAGAGGAACAGUAGAUCAGCAAAUCAGCGCUACCUCAUAACUCAAUCUCAUCACUUCCGGUUUCAACUAAAGAUCUGGACUUUUUUUUUGCAACCUCGCAAAAAAAAAAAACACAACCUGAAGGUCGUGCCGCUCUCCAUUCAUCUUCCAUCAGCAGCACACUACAGUGCAUCUCUCUCUCUCUCUCUCUCACCCACCACUGGAACACAAACGGACUCUCUCUCAUUGUGUGUGUGUGUACUUGUAUGUCAAACGCAGUGUGUUUCUGUUCGCUGGCUGCAUUUCCUCCUUGACAAAGAUUUGCUCUGAUGCAGGUUUCAGAUUUUGUUUUUGCUUUUAACAAAUUUUAGAUGUUCACACCACCUCUGGACAAAGGUGAAUCAACCUACUUUUUGUGUGUGGGGAGAGGACUUUGGCUUCCCUUUUUCUUUUUUUCUUUUUUUUUUUUUUGUCAUUCCCCUCCCUCCCUUUUCUUUAUGCUUUUUUUUUUUUUUUUAAAAUAUACAAAAUCUCUACUGGUAGAAACCAAGUGUGUAAUAGACACCAGUACAUGGCGACACUUGUUCAAUCCGUUGUAAUCUCUGGAGUCGGUGGAUUUUCAUAAAUCUGCGUCUUUUACUCCUCACUCAGUUCGUUGCAAAAGAUUUCAGCCGUUUGCAAAGGAAAACCUGAGGGGCGGAGUGCGACUGUGCGCGUCUCGAUCACCAUUUAACAAAAGUUUCUCUUCUCCACAAAGUGGUCGUCCCGUCGUCUUGAGAUCAAGAGCUUUUAUAGAAAACGCUCACGCGAUGAAGCUAAACAGGCAUCUAGCUAUCCGUCAGCAGUUUGUGGAAAUGCUCGCCGAUUCAUUGAGGUGGUUACUAACGAUGCACUGAUGUGUGAUUUUUCCACUGAUGAAACUGUGAUGUAUCGGACGAUAUAUUGAUGUCUUGCGUAUCGGCUUGACGUUGAUCUUGUCUGAUUUGUUCCUACAGAUUUUUUUUUUUUUUUUUUAAAUCCGUGCUGUAUCACAAUGUUAAGGGAUGACUUUUUUUUUUUUUUUAAAUUCAACCCCCCCUCCUGGAAAAAAAAAAAAAGCUGAACAUCACAGGACAAAAACUACAUGCUUCGGUUUUGGAAAAUGAAGUCAAGCUCCCCUUUUGAGAAGUGUAAUCUGGUGUCCUCUUUUUUUUUUUUUUUUUUUUUUUGAAUGGAAAAGUAAAUCCUCAUCUCAAGACAACGGGACUGCAAAUAACACAUUUUCCCAGGACUUGUGUAGAAUACAGAUGUGAGAAGAGCAGGUUGUGGUUUUUUUUUUUUUUUUUUUUAAAUAAAUUCCCCCACCCAUUAAUAAACCAUUUCAUUUUCAUCACUGAUGGUAAGUGGUUUUUUCUUCUUUUUUUUUUUUUUUUUUUAAACUGAGUCAGGGAAUGUCGAUCGGUCCAGCGACUGAAUUUCUCAGAACUUUAAUGCUGCUACAAACACGGUUAAAAAAAAAAAAAACUCAACAAAAAAAAAAAACCCCGGAAUACUGCAACGUCACACUCGUACCUCACUCUGUCAGUUUAGGGCGGCUUACUGUUAAAUAAAAUAAACAAGACAUUCAGCUGCUCCCGGUGCAGCCUCUGUUUGGCAGGAGUGUGUGAGUGAAGGUUUUUUUAUUUUUCCCCUUUUUUUUUUUCUUUCUUUUUCCUCCCCCUCAUGUGUCCCCGUCCCCUAACGUUGGGAUUUUCAUUAGUACUUCAGAGGUUUUUAGAGAAUGCCUCCUUCAUAACGGUGUGCACUUGAGUGCACAUCAUUCGAUGGUUUCAUGUCUUGGCUGUGCCCCUCCCGUCCUUCUCGUCGUCCUCCCCAUGUGAGACUGUAGAUGUGCCACAGCAAUGACUGCGUUGAGACUGCGAGGAAAUAUUGUCAGGCUUUUCAUUUAAAAUGUUCACGCACUGUGGGGGGGACAUGGUAUUUGGCAGAACAUGAAAAAAAUAUUCAGUUAGGUUCUAACUCUGAUUUUGUUUGACAAACUAAUAAGCAAAACUAAUUGUUUUGGAAAAUGGUCCAGAUGUAAAGAAUAACAUUUUUACUGUCAUUUUUCAGUUUAAUUCUGAGAUUUGAUGCGUUCAUUCAGUUCAGUGCAUCAACACGGAGUUCAUAACAAACAUCCUGUUUUAACCUCAACUUUCCCUCAGUUCCACUUCCUCGUUCACUUUUGGGUACUUUUUUUUUUUUUAAACUGUUUUCACCGUGUGUGUGUGUGGGGUGCCUGCGUGUGUGUGGGGUGCCUGUUUGUGAUCAGUCUUUACAAUGUACCUUUUUUUUUUUUUUUUUUAAUUGUGGCCUGCAAGACUUUGUAUUCAGACUGGUAAUAAAGUUGAUGAUUCCUA